AUGGAAACCAGAUCAAGAUUCAAAGUCUUUGCCGACAAGGUCGCUGUCGAGUCUGAACCUGGCUUGACUGGCACACAGCUUAUGCUUACGAACCAUGAUCUCAAACCUGUCGAGAAGGAGCGCCGACAAUGGGGUCCCUGGAACUUUGUCGGUUUCUGGAUCGCCGACUCUUUCAACAUCAACACUUGGAUGAUAUCGUCAGCCAUGAUUGUCAACGGACUUUCAUGGUGGCAGGCAUGGCUUUGUGUUUGGAUCGGUUACAGCAUUACUGGUAUCUUUGUCGUAAUCAACGCGCGACCUGGUGCCGUCUACCACAUCAGUUUCCCCGUUAUCAACAGAAGCUCCUUUGGUAUCUGGGGUGCCUUGUGGCCUGUCUUGAACCGUGCAGCUAUGGCUUGUGUCUGGUAUGGAGUUCAAGCUUACAUUGGCGGAAACUGCGUCUACCUCAUGAUUCGAUCCAUCUGGAAGUCAUGGGAAAACGUCCCCAAUACGUUCAGCGAGGAUGCUGGCACAGACACCGCUCACUUUGCUUCGUUCAUCAUCUUCUGGGUUUGCUCUCUGCCAGCCCUCUGGUUCCCUGUUCACCAACUCCGGCACCUGUUCACGGCCAAGGCCUACGUUGUUCCUGUUGCCGGAAUCACUUUCCUCGCCUGGACUAUCUCGCGUGCUGGUGGCAUUGGUCCCAUUAUUAAGCAGCCCAACACUGUUCACGGCGGUGAUUUGGCUUGGGAAAUUGUCAAGGGUAUCAUGUCGUCGAUUUCCAACUUUGCCACGCUUAUUGUCAACGCCAGCGAUUUCUCCCGAUUUGCACAAAAGCCCAGAGACGCCCUGUGGUCACAGUUGGUUACUAUUCCUAUGGGAUUUGCUAUUACUUCCUUUAUUGGAAUUAUCGUUUCAUCUGCUUCUACGACUCUGUAUGGCAAAGCUAUCUGGAACCCUCUUGACUUGCUUGACGAGUUCAUCAACGACGGAAACUCCGCGGAACACUUCGGUGUCUUCUUCAUUGCAUCGUCAUUUACACUAGCUCAGUUAGGCACCAACCUGGCCGCCAACAGUGUCAGCUGUGGCAAUGACUUGACUGCUCUUCUUCCCCGUUGGAUAAAUAUAAGACGUGGAAGUUAUUUCUGUGCCUGUAUGGGUCUUGUGAUCUGCCCCUGGCAGCUCCUCAAGGACAGCAACCAGUUUACAACAUAUCUCUCUGCCUACAGCGUAUUCCUCAGCUCUAUCGCUGGUGUCAUGAUUUGCGACUACUACAUUGUUCGCAAGGGGUACAUCGAUGUGAAGGAACUUUAUGAUGGUCGCAAGGAGGGGCCGUAUUACUACACUGCCGGCUUCAACUGGCGCGGUUAUGCUGCCUACAUUUGUGGAAUCGUCAUUAACGUCGUUGGUUUUGCCGAUGCAGUUGGUGCAAAGAACGUUCCUAUUGGUGCUGUUCACGUUUACCAGCUCAACUACUUCUGCGGCUUUGGCGUGUCUAUGCUUGUCUACUACACUCUGUGCAGGCUUUGGCCGGUGGCUGCGACGAGCGACCGCUGGAUGGAAGUCGGUGAUGAGAUCGAUGAUAUGCGAUUGGCUUAUGACUCGAGAAGUCCUUCUUACGACGAAGAAAAUGCGACAGGACAGGCGUCAAAGGCCACCGAGGACACGAAACAAUUCUAG